CCGAGAAAGAGCAGUUGCGGGAAACGAUGCACGGAAGAGCGAGGAAGGCGACGCACCGGCGGACGCCGGCGGCGGUCGCGACCACGCAAGACGGCGGUGCGUUCGAUCGAAACAACAACUCAGGGGGCAGUAGCCUCGUGGACGUCAUCGACUCGAUCGAAGACGAGUCUGCGGACGCCAUGAUCCUGCAGUACUUUAUGGACUUUACCGACGACAGCAAGUCGACGGUGGAACGUCCGGAAGAACCGUCGCCGCCGAAGGAGCGUUCCCCAGAUGAAGAGGAGGCUCUGAGGAGGCUCAAGGAAAAACAGAACAAACACCGACUCAACAACAUCCGCCAUCGACAACGCAAGCAGUGCGAGAACGACAGCUUGCGCACGGAAGUGGUCGAGCUUGAACAGAGGCUCAAUGCACUCCAAGCUAGCAGUGCACGUCGAGGGCAGCAGCGAGGCCUACGCAACGAGGCGGCGAUUCGACAGCUCAAGGAAGAAUCCAAAGCAGAGAAACGAAAACGCGAUGAGUCGGAAGACGAGCACGCGAUUCUGCUCCGCACGGUGCAUUCGCAGCGGGAUUUGAUUCAACUGUACUUCAAACGCAUCACAACGACCCAUUGCAUGCAUUCCAAUCACGUGAUUCUCGAGAACGAGCCGUUCCUCAUGUACACAUUGAUGGGGUGCCCGGACGUGCGCGCGAACGGCUACGACUGGAUCAUGACCCAAAUGAGGCGCAAGCUUGACGUGGCACUGACGUACCUCCAUUCGUAUGUGGGCAAUCACAUUGAAGAAGAUACGAAGAUAUACUUGGGUGACAAUACCGUCGAUCUUGUUCGCAACCACAUGUGGACAUUCCCAACGCUGCAGGUCGCCCAAUCGAGCUGGGAAUCGUUCACCCGCAUCAACACAGACCCGUCUGCUGCGCGAAGGACAUCGCGCCUUGAAGUAAUUGACCCCGACACGUUUUACACACGCAUCAUCAUCGACGAUGGCAUCAUUCCUGGGAAGCCCCUGACGCUCAACAUGCUCCAGAGGUUGACCUUCCCAUCGUAGCUUGGACGAGAUGGCCAACGCGUGUUGUGUAGCCGAUUCAUGCAAGGAAACCGUGCUGUCAUUGCAUUUCGAACGAUCAGCGAGGACAACCUGCACCCGAUCGAGUCAAAUGGAAUGUGCGACCUCAGCGUCGCAGGAUGGUUGUCGUUUGAGCCAAAUCCUGAUGGUACAACACAUGCCAAAGUGUUUGUCAAGUUUCGCACCGAUCAUUCAAACGGAGAGCAGUCUGGGGAGCUGGUCAGCGUCGACGACGCCACCGCGAUGACGUCUCGGUCCCCCAACACAUCGAACAGGAAGACCCAAGCGAACCAGUGGAUCAUGAGCGUUAUUUCCAAGAUGUUCACGGCGGUCAACGGGACAACGCGGCAGGCCCUGCGCGCACCACCCCCCGCCACCACUAGCCUCACAGUCCUCAAGAAGCACGAAGCAUUGCGGGACUCGUCAGCAUGAUGUAAUAAACAGUUGUGGGCGAAGAGUGGAUGGUAAGAGAGGUUGUCGGCGCUGGCGUGUUUUGGCUGUACACACUGCCUACACCAGCCCGCCACCAUUGUCGCCCUUGCCGUUUACAAACGCGUCGAGGUCCCGCGCAACGUCGAAGGCCGUGGGGCGGAGCGAAGGGUCCGGGUCAAAGCAUUGCUCCGCUAGCGCUCGGAUCGCUGGCGGACAGGUCGCCGACACGGACGGCACCAAGCCUUCUUCCAGGAUGAAGUACAUGAUUCGCUUGUUUGGAACAGCGACGUUCGCGUAAAGUGGCUGCUGUGUGUCGAGCUCGCACAACACACACCCGAACGAGUACAUAUCCGCCGACACUGUGUAAUAUCCACUGCGCAGCGCUUCCGGGGCCAUGUAGAACGCGCUGCCGACGCCCGCCGUCAUCGUCUCGUCCUCCAUCGCCUGUCUCGACACACCAAAUCCAGACAACUUGGCGUUAGGCCAGUCGAGCAGGAUGUUCGUGGACUUGAGAUCGCGAUGGAUCACCAUGGGCUGCAGGAGCCCAUGCAAGUACUGCAGCGCUCGCGCCACGUCGAGAGCUAACGACGCCUUCAGGUCCCAGUGCAACCCAGGGGUCUCGGUCAAGAAGCGCGACAAGUUGCCUUGCGACAGGUACUCUGUCACGGCCGUGAGCGACCCGAGCGACGUGUCCCACGCAUAUCCAACAAGCGCGACGAUGUUCGGGUGGCGAAACAUGGCCAUGAGCCGGAUUUCCUCGGCGAAUGCUUCGAUGUUUUCCUGGUCAUGCACCUUGUCGGGCGUAAUGACUUUGACCGCGACCACCAACUUGUGGUUGUACCGCCCGUAGUAGACCUCGCUGCGAACGCCCGUGGCCAAGAGUUGCGUGCGCGAGAUUGAGGCGAACGGCAGCCGCAGGUGCGCCGGGAUUUGAUCGAGCUUGGCCUAGGCGUUGGAAGGAUCGAAUGUGUCGACGGCAUGGCUCGACUCGUGGAACGGAUUCAUCGCGAGCGAAGAAAGGUGGCUUGGUCUGUGAACACUGGUUGCCUUGUGCAGCGACGACAGUGCGGCGUCGGGGGCGUUGCGCGAUGUGCAAUUCGGUGGCACGGCGUCGCCGAUUUGCACGUUCGAGAUCGAAUGGUUGGUGGUAGGCGGCAUGGGAUUGUAUGGCCCGGACUGGAGUUGGGCAUGCAGCUGUUGCGACCCCUUCCACCGCCGGUAGAAGCACAUGCCUAGCACAAGGACAACGACGGCAGCACACCCUCCGGCGAUGACUCCAAUCGCCGGCGUUGAAAGACCAUCCGCGGAUGCUGUGUCGGAUGCAGAAGUUGACGCUGACGAAGACUUGAUACUUGAAAGCCAUGCCGUCAUGGCUGAGCUCGGUGUGGGCAAGCACUUGUUGAUCGAGUUGGCCGGUUGGUUGAGCCUGG